CCUAAACGUACGUGGCGCUCUGGGGUUUGGUGUCCCCUUCACAUCCACCUCCUCCCUCACCCUCCAAGUGUUCCCAACCCAAACAAACUUAGAAUCUUCUUUUAGAAAUACAAUGCCAGCAACACAGAGACCCCAGGAAGAAGGGGACCGUCAGAAGUGGCACCAACAAAAAAAUUCCAAUCAUCUAUUCCCAUCAAUUUCGUGGAUUGAACUUGCAUUUUACUUCAUUUCGUUUUGGACCGGAUGUUUUUAUAGUCUCUACAGAUUUUAUUCAAUCUCACAAAGUUGGGGACCAUACCUACCAGUCACUCUAGUACAAGACAGCUGGUUUGGAGUGCGGCAAGACCAGACAGACUUAGAAUGGUUUGUCUGGAUACCCAUAAUUCUCAGCUAUGCUCCCUGGGGCCUGGUGCACGUGGUCCUAGCUCAACUUAUUAGAAAAUGGUGUCCAGAGCAUUUAUGUAGCUUCUAUGUCGUGUUCAGCGUGUGCAUAACUGUUCAACUUAUUGGGGGAGUUGGGACGGCUCUCUGUUUUAUUGUGCCGUCCAUCAUGUUCGUGGUCCUUCUGACGCGCCUUAAACUUAUCAUCUGGCUCACCUGGUGCUGCCUCCUCAUCCUCUUCAACACACAGUUCUUCAUAAAGUAUCUGGAGUUUUGGCUUGAUGAAAUCCCAGACGUUGACUACAAAGUGUCGGUGAUGGUGGCGUGGAUCAUCCUACGCAGUCUGAGCUUCAGUCUCGAAAUCUGCGACACAGAUCCUGAAGGUCAACUGCGGCCCCUACCACUGUUGACCACACUGCUCGGAUACUGUCUCUAUCUCCCCUUCCUCUGCACAGGACCUUAUAUGCCCUUUACUGACUUUCAGACUGGGCUUGCGGAGCCGUACCGAACCUGGACCCUAAAAAGAGUCGCUGGUGUGGGAUUACAGGUUAUAAGAUUUUUAUGGUGGAUGGGAUUCACCCAGUUUCUUUUAUACCAGUUUUAUGCACCCUCACUGCACUUCAUGCCACAGCUUAUGAAGAAGAUGAGCUCAUGGUCAAUGGCUGGGUUUGUUUACUUCCUCACAGCCUUUCUGCAGCUGAAAUAUGUUGUGUUAUAUGGGCUGCCCUCUGUGUUAGCGAGGGUAGAAGGUUACGACCCCCCGAGACAUCCCCGCUGCACUCUCAUGACCUACAGAUUCUCAGAUGUCUGGCGGUACUUUGAUCAUGGGCUGUAUCGUUUUAUGCUCAAACAUAUUUAUAUUCCUUGGGUUGGAUCAGAACCUAGUAUGGUUAGACAGCUACAAGGGACAGCGCUUGUGUUCACCUUCGUGUAUGUGUGGCACGGUGUGACUACUCAGAUAUUCUGGUGGGCGACUAUUAACUUCUUUGGAGUCGUUGCUGAAAAAAUUGGGGAUCACAUCUCUCGCAUGUCAGCUUAUGAGGCCUUGGAGAGCCGUUGGUUGCCCGGAGCCUGGCAACGUAGAUUCCACGGACUGUUGGCUGUGUUUUUGUACGUGCCUUCCCUCACCGCUCUCGUCAUAUUCAUCUCCAACCUCGACAACGCCAAAGCUAUAGGGCAUAGAAUAUUUAUCUCAGGAUUCCCACAAUGCACUCUGAGCAUAUUCUUCUUCAUGUUCUGUUUAGGACAGUGUAGUAUGGAGCUACAAAAUUGGAAGAUCCGACAAAAAAUAAAGGCGAAGCAGUCUUAGUGUAUGUAAGAUACAGGUUUACAUAGUCAGCAUAACUAACUGCAAGUGAUAAUGAGAAUCAAGAAUGUUGUACGGUUAUUGUGUGCUAUAUACUGUACUGUCAGGCCUUUAUAGUGGCGUGGAACUGUCACCUUUAUUUCCCUCUUAGAAUAUACACACUACUUAAUUUACUUAUAUUCUCAACAUUAUCAGCACCUUUUGGUGGAUAUCUUCUGUAUAUAUUUUAGACGAGUACAAUACAUUCAUUUUUGAGAUCAGGGUAAAUCCAAGAAUUAGAAUAUCCUAAUUACAAAAAAUAUAUCAUCUGAAUAAGCUGACUUCUAAUUCUUGCGAUAUGUUACACAAAAUUAUAUUAAGGUUCCCCAGAAUUGCACAAAACCUUCCCAGAAAUUUAAGAUUGGAUAUUUACCCAUCUUGACCCCCUGCCUUGCCCACACUGCCUAUCAUAAGGUUAAGGCUUCAUUCUCAGCAGGCUGUUCACAUGCCUGUUAUCUUGUGAUUAUUGUUGAAACACAUCUUACUUUUUAAUUUUGUAAGCAGACCACUAGAAAGGUUUGACAGCCAGCCAUAUUCUGAAAAGUUUAUGCCACCAAUGGAUCCUUCCCCAAACUGUGACAAGGUGGGUACAUGUCAUAAGGCAUGAUUGAACACCUGAUAUUCCUGUAUAAUAUUACUCCCAAAGUUCUUUUUUAACAUUACAAAUAUUCAUAUUAUAUUAUUUAUGUGUCUUAUAUUUUAUUCCUGAUGGGUGAGAUGUCUUAAUAAGGGGAUGAACCAAUGGUGAGGAACUUUUGAUAAUAUGGUUGAGUUUCAUCAGUGUUCAGUUUAAGUUAGUGGUGGUCAUUGACUGGCCUCACAUUUGAAAUACUGUACAUAUUUUAUAUGAAAAGUCUUUUUUGCCAUUUGUGAUGGAUUUCUAACAAUAGGGAAAUGCAGGUGACUUCUUUUUCCACAAUUCUUCUCAGAUCUGUGUUAUGUUUCAUCAUGGUAGUUCCCAACAACUUACCAAGAGUGAUGCGGUAGUAUGAUAAAUGCAUAAAGCCAUAUUUCUGAGGAAUUUAAUUCAAUAUAUUUUAUUAAGAAGAUAAUGAUUUGACAGUGUUGAGGUUUUUGUUAAAAGUUUAGGUAUGAAGCUCAAAGAUGACCUGAAGAGACAGGGGCCAGGAGGUCUCUGGCCUACUUAUUAUGAGUCAUUAAACACAAGGACAAACUUUUGCAACUCAAGUGAUGAAAUAACUCAUGUUUAUAGAGAUCUAUUAAGGAUGGAUUAAUACUCUCUUAUGUUAUCAGAUCAAUAAGAUCUUGUACCAGGAACAAUUGGAACUGACCCAGACAUUUCUUAUAGUACAGCACUGGAAAGUUUGGCUGCAACAUUUCGCAAUGAAAGUCUUAAAUUUUAUUGCAUGGUUGUUGUGUACAGUGAGAGUUAAGAGUACAGUAUGUCAUUAGUUUCCUUAUAUGUUUGAUCUCCCUGAUAAGUGUUCAAAAAUUUAUGGUCAGUAGUUAAAAUUUAAGCAAAGUCUCUAUGUGUCCCUCUCUCCCUCCUACUUCAGGUUUUGGUAAAAGGAAGAAGUCAGAGAUGUACAAAAGAAUAUUAUUAUAUUGUUCCUGUCAAUUAGAGAUUAAUUACAGUAUCCCUAAGUUUUCAGAAUUUGUUAAUUGUUUAAUUAUAAUGUUCUAACAGUGAUAAAAUGUGCCAAAUAAUGAGGCUUCAUGAUAUAUAAAGCUUAUCCUUGGUAACUACCAUAGUUUCCCCUUGACAGUAACAACUUUGACUAAUUCAAUAAUUAGAUAAAGCAUCCCACAAAAACUAGAGCCUGUAGUCAGCGGUGUUCGAAACAAGAGUCACCAAGAGGCAGAAGGUUUGAACUGUGCAAAUGUCUUCCUUCCAGCAGCAUCUCGUAUGUGAGGAACCAAGUUUUUUAUUUCAUUAUUAUUAUCCCCCCCUCCCCCUGUCCUAAAAUUUUUAGCACCCGAAAACUUUUUAGACUGCUCCUUAAAGUUUUCAACUUUAUUAUAUUACAGUAUUUAGUCAAGUAUAGCCUAAGUUAAAUGAUAAUGCAACUGUUGUUUGAUGGCUGUUUAAGCUCUGUGGAUCAGAGCUUAUCAAUACUACCAGGUAUGUUCACAGCAGCCUGCAACAGAAUGCAGGUUUGUGUAAAUGUUCUCUCCUUUGUAGAAAAUCUCUAAGGAGGUGUUCAUCUUGCAGGAAAUCUUUUGUUCCACUUGUAGUUUGGUGAUGUUGAAUGUAAAGCCAGAUGUUUUGUCAAAGUUGUAAACUUUUACAUCUAGUUUUCACAACCAUGAUUUUAGAAUUCAACGAUAUUGCAUCAUUGAUGACCUUCACGGAGGAGUUUGUUGAGUCUGUCAUAUAAGAGCAGCAGGUCAUUGGCUAGACAAAGGUUACAGCAGUACCAUAACACUAUUGGACUGCUUGGAAUUAGUGAGUUUGUGCCUUACUAUGUCAGUAGGGUUAACUCCCCACUGAGGUGACUGUCACAUUCACAUUUGUAAUUUAUAUUGCCAUCUCCUCAUUUUAUUUCGUUGGCUUCAGAUGAGCAUCACUUAGGACAAGCAUUGUAUCACAAAUGGAGUGAACCUGAAAUUCUAUUUUAUGACCAAGCCUGGACUAAAUCAAUCAGCUGUUGUCCCUCCUCCCAGAAGGCAGCUGUGAAGUCAGUUGGAGCUGGGGUUUGGUGCCUGGAAUCACAGCUUUAUAACCUAGCCAAGUGUCUAUCACAGUGUACCUGACUGGUAUGACAUUAUGACUUCAACUUAAGGUGGUGACGUAUUUUUCCAAGGCCCCAUUUUAAAGGGUCUAGUUUUAGUCCUAGGCACCAUUGUCUGAGAGUUAGCUGAAUUUUAACCUGUAGUCUUGGUGGUUUAAUAUACAGUACUGUACAAGGCUCUUAGCCCAUGCUUGGUCAUGAAAUGAGAUUUUAGAAUCAAUCUUUCACUUUCUCUAUUGGCAUCUCAUGACCUCAAAAGAUGCUGAGUAUAUAUUUUUAUUCAAUUAUACAUUAAGCACCCAGCUGAAUUUGAUUCCAAUAUUACAGUAUAAAGAUUCGAGCAGAAAGCUUCCUUUUUGUUAGAGUUGAAAUAAUUAUAGAUUCCCAUUAACUUGACCAGUAGGGUUUCAUAUCCACCAACCGAAGUAAUCAUGUCAUUCUAAAUUAAUUGUUUAGAAUUAGCAUCACCCAAUGUAAUUUUCUAACCAAGAUCCACUUAAAUGAAUCCAUUGCUUGUAUUACAUUUUUGUGCAGUUUAAAUUUUGUUUCCAGCACAAUACAGUGGUAGAGAGAGGGCUAAACGUAUAGUGUCAUUUUUCGUUUGUUCAAAAUAUCGCUUGUGUUCAGGAACUUUAGGAAGACUCGGUAGAUUAAAAGGAAUUUGGUGUACUUUUGAGUUUCCUAAUCCAUAUUUUCUGUACUUAUUUGCCACAUAAUUUUGGCCUCUUCAGCUUCGAAAUUUUAUGUAUGUCACAUUCCACCUUCAGUGAUCAUCUAGUUUAUGCUGAGAAUUAACUUGUCUCCUCUGCCACCAUAUUUUGCCCAAUCAGUCAAACAAUCAAUCCUACUUACCACCUUAUUUUACCCAUUCAGUUAAUCAAUCAGUCCUUCCUACCACCUUAUUUUACCCAAUCAACCAAUUAUUCCUUUCUACCCAAUCAGUCAAUCAAUCUAUUCAUUCUACCACCAUAUUUACCCAAUCAAUCAGUCAAUCAAUCAAUCCUCUCUUUCUACCACCCAUAUUGAUUACUAGUUGAUACUGUGAGAGAAUGGAGUUGUUUGCCCUUAGUGACAUUUCUCAGAGUCACAUCAGUUUGAGGCUUAAAGGAUCUUUCUCCCAGAACCUUUUUAGUGAUUGUACAGGAAGUUGAAAUUGAUGUAUUGGCUUUAGCUUGUUGGAUUUAUCUUCCGUAUUUAAGAAAAAUGUUAAUGCUUGAGCAGUGAGCAGUUAGAUUUAUAUAGAUUGAUUAUGAUGUAUUUACUGUACUGUAUUUUGUGCAUUUUGGAGCCUUGGAAUGAAGUUUUUACUGUAUUUAGGAACACAAAAGUAGGUUAGUAUUCAGGGUUUUUUUACACACUCUUACAAUUCCUUUAAUUUUCUGUGCCUCUUACUCCAAAGGCUAGUAUACCAACCCUGCGAUCUUCUCCACUCAGUUUUGUGCUUGCUGGACGUUCCCACACUGUUCAGUGAUUGCAUGUACAGUACAUGAUGGAGUGGUGUACAGUACAUGAUGGAGUGAGGUACAUGAUGGAUUGAUGUACCAAAUGUGAAAGGUAAUGAGAUUCAUGGAAUGUAGUACAGUAGAAUCUAUUUGUAGUACUGUAUCUAAACAGUAAUACAUUAUCUCCGUUAGCCAAAAUUAAAAUUUGCUCAGAAUUUUUCUGGAAAAUUCCUGGUUUGGGAAAAAAAUUUCAGGGUUGAAAAUCAGGUGCAUUUUCUGGAAAAUUUUGGGAAAAUUUUUGGAAACCCUCUCCCCCCAAAAAUUUCCCAGUCUGGGAACAAAUUCCGAGGAUGAAAUAAUGCGCAGUUUCCGGAAAAAUCCGAGAAACUUUAACCGGUAUCAGGAAAAAAAUUCCGACGAUGGGUGAUUUUUCCUGGUUUCAGAAAGUACGUAUAGUGUCGUUACCUGGAAAUCACUCGUUCUCGGAAGUGCUCUGCACCAAUUGUUCUGGCUAAUGGAGAUAUCACUUAUCAUUUUUACUCAGUCUUUGGAUCACAUGAAGAUUAGGUACCACAGCUUAUUGAACAGCUUAACUUACCUUAAUCUAACCCCACAGGUAGCAUUAUUCAGGUUAAUCUAAAGGUGAAAUAACCUGUGGUGCUAAAUCUUUGUGUGAUACCAAUCUUCAUUUGUAUUCAGCAUUGUAUGAACUAACAAGGGAAUCUGUGUAACGUAGUUUGGGGAUUGGUUUAUGUAAUGAGAGAUAAAUAAUACAGUACGGUCAUAAACAAAAGUCUUGUCACCUCUUCUGCUGCUUCAUGCACUCUUGAGAUUCAGACUCAUGAACCUGAAGCAACAGACAUUGAUGCAUUAUUUUGUCCAUAAAUUCUUCUGAUUCACGAGUCUUGAGUCUGAAUCUUGGGGUUCGUGGAGCAGCAGAAGAGGCGACAGGAAUUUUGUUCAUGACUACCUAGUAAGGGAAUUGGUUAAUAUUCGGAGUUGUGAUGACGAUCACUUAAAAAUAUAGUUUGGCUCAGUGAUCUCUCUGUGCCAGGACUAUAUCUUAUGUUACUCUUACCUUUAAUGCUCCAAAAUGUUAAUCAUUUAUGGAGGAGAACUGUAGAAACAAGCACGAAUGUGAUCUUUGUAAAGCAUUUGAUUGGUGCUGUGAUUUAAGACACUUUUGUCUUAUACCUCAUGCCAUAAGUUGUCCUUCCACUUGUAACUGUAGUUGUGUCCACAAUAUGUGAAUUGUCAGCAGAAUCUUUUGUCUUACAUAAUUGUGAUAUCCUCAUAAGAAGCGAUGAAAAUGAUCUGGAUCUGUCAUAUUUAGACUGACUGUUAUAGCAAGAGGGAAUAGGUACCUGUUAAAUAUUAUUCUGACAACAAAAAGUAGUAGUUUUAAUGAAAAUAAUAGCAGUAGCAAUAAUAAAAAUGAUGAUAAUAAAAGUAACAACAUUAAUAUAGCAACAAUGUUAAUGACAGUUGUUUAUUUUUGAGAAUUCGUAAAGCCAUUUAAGAGACUGAAGAAAGAUUCCAUUUGAACAGAUUUGUGUGUGUGUGAAUGCAUGUUUGGUUGGUACAUAUGAUGCAGGCAAGCAAAACAGGACUACAAUACUACACUCUUCCUCACUAUUUGUACAUUUAUUUAUUCAUAUUUAGAUUUGUUUUAUUUAUUUUUACUGCUAUAGAUUUCAGUGCUUGUCAAGUCUCAAUGCUCGUAUUUAACUUACAUAGUCGAGGAUGGUACAGUAUACCCAUAUGUUUAAUGGAUAAAUACUAGCUAUGCAUUCAGAAAUCACACAUAGUUACUGAUGGUCAAGGGAAUCAGUUGAUAGUAAGGGAAUUGAUAUGAUUUCAGUAAUGGAAAGUCAUUUCACAAGGUGUAAAAUUCACAAGUUUUCGAAAAAUUGAAGUGAUGGGUUGUAGGUUUAAUCCAUUGCUAUGACAUCCCCAUGAACCACUCACUGCCAGGGUCUUCCUUUACUUAUUAUCUGUUGCUUCCUGGAUGUCUACAAGUAUAUAUAUUUUUAUACUUCUAGUUCUUCCUUCAACCCAGUUUUUUGUUUCCUUUUAAGUGUUUCCAUCUCUCUUCUUUCUUCCCUCUCCCUCUGGUGUUUAUAUUUGGUUUCACUAGUUUAACCCUUUCAUUCUUAUUGCUCAUUGUCCAACACUGUUUCCAUUAUCAGGACAGUCACCCUUCUGUAGUUCUAAUUCGAUGCUACUAUUGCGUGCGGUCUACCUAGCCUGACUUGACCUAACUUAACCUUACCUGACUUAACCUGACCUAACCUAACCUAACCUAUAGUAGCACCUCUUAUUCUCCACUUUCUCUUCAUCUCUCAGCUUAACUCCUUCACUAUGGGGAUGCCACUUGUAAUAUUUUAUUUGGGUAGCACUAGCCAAUUUUGUUUAGUUCAAGGGGUGACCCUGUAUACAAGGUGUUUGUAGACUAUCUCCACGAACCCCUUCACUACAGGGAUGCCACUUUUAACUUUUUAUUUGGCUAAUGCUAAAUGAUUUUAUUCAGCUCAGAAUUAACCUGUACACAAGGGGUUGAUAAUAAUAGUAUAUAGUUAUUAAUGAAGAAAAAAAAUCGUAUUAAAGCUGCUUUAUAAUGUGCUGUAACCAAUAAACGUGAUAUUGUGAAAUUUUCAAAUCUUUGGUGCCAUAUUAACAAGCAUUCAUGUUUUCAUGAUCUGUCCGUUGUUCAUUUUAUUGUUGCGCUGAAAGCUCAACUCAGACACACGUGGUGGUAGCUUCUGUGGGUCCAUUUGGGCUUUGUAGUACUGUAGUUUAUUGUGACUUUUAAUGCAGUUUCAAUGAGUCAUAUAAUCAGGAAGAAAUAAGUUCAAUGGAGAGAUAUAUAAGUAGACACUGUAUUUUAUUAUGCCCUUAUGCUUCACUUACGUUCAGAGAUAGACAGUUAGUUGUUAUUUCCUCGAAUGUAUUUUGCACCAAUCUUGCUCAGAAAUAGAAAUGGUAGUUUUUCAUAUAGUUUUGUGCACUAGUUUUGUUCUGAGUUAGACAGCUAGAUGUUCCCAUGUUGUUUUGGGCGAUGGAUUUGUUCAAAGGUGGACAGGUAAAGAUACGCCUGUUUAGUUUUGUGCAUACAGUAUUUAUCGUUCCUUUUAGAGGAACUGUGUGUGUGUGUGUGUCUGUGUGUGGUGGUGGGGGGGGGGGAGUGGAUACCGAUGAACAAUUAUUCCUAAACCUGUAUAUGUUUCCUUAUUACCGUUGUCCACCAUGCUCAGUUAGUGAAGAGUCGAGUGUUAAUUAUUAUAGAUAAGUAUAGAGAUGAGAUGAUUUUAAUUGCUGUAACACUGAGAGUCUUCAAAUUUAAUUUGACUUUUAUUAAGGCAAAUUGACCAAAGUGGUUAAGAAAAUUGAAAUUGACUCAGACAAUGCUCAUAGAAUUAUCAAGAAUGAUAAGAACACUAUCAUUUUUAAAGGAUUUAUGAAAUAUUGAAGGUAUAAUGUAUAAGAAGACUAUGUGAAGCUUGUUUUUUAUAGAAUCAUAAAAUUAAUAUACUAUAUAAAGAUUUUCCCUGUAUUGUAUAAGAAAAGUUAUAGGAAUGAAAAGUUGCUGUAAAAGGUUAUGAAACUGAACUGGAUAUUAUGGAGUAAGUGAGUUUGUCCUGAGUUAAGACGUGUUUGAAUUUAAUUUGUACUGAAACUUUGUUUUUAGUAAAUUUAUCUUGUGAAUAUACGGAGGUGGAGCGAGGAUGAUUCCAAGUGGCAUAAACCUAAUCGCCUCCCUUCCCUUCCCAGUUCUCUAUGUAUUUUUUUGUAACAGAAUUUAUCUUUUAGCAUUCACCAUGUUUGUUAUGAAAUGUGAUUGUAUCUUUGAAUGGUUAUUCUUUUAGCCAAUCAGAUCUUGUAGUUCAUCAGGUGUUACUGGAUAAACCCCAUCAGGUGUCUUCUUGAUUCUCAUAUGCCCACAGAAUGUUUGGUCUUUGGCUUCACCUCUGAUGUCCCAAACUUUCUCACCUUGAUAAAUUGUAUUGUGAUUACCUGGUGAAUGUAAAUAAUUGUGUUCUUACAAAUGGAAAGAAAAUGAUAAUUCUUCUUUUGAGAAAAUAUAUUUUGCAUAUGAAA